GGACCUGAUAGAGGAAGCAGGAAGUCGGUUUACCAAGAGGAGGAGAGUCUGAGCACAUAAACAAUACGGACAUAAAACAGAAACAAACGUCUUUCUACACAUCUACAGCAAUGGCCGGCAUUAAAGCACUGGUUGGUUUGUCCUUCAGUGGGGCCAUUGGGCUGACAUUUCUCCUGUUGGGCUGUGCACUGGAACAGUACGGGGUUUACUGGCCACUGUUUGUUCUGAUCUUCUACAUACUGAGCCCCAUCCCGACCUUCAUAUCCCGACGCAUCAGUGACGACACAGACUCGUCCAGCAAUGCUUGCAGAGAACUGGCCUACUUCUUAACGACUGGCAUUGUUGUAUCAUCUUUUGGGCUCCCUAUUGUCCUAGCCCGCACCAGCACAAUCCAGUGGGGUGCUUGUGGUCUGGUCAUGACAGGAAACGCUGUCAUCUUCUUCACCAUCCUUGGCUUUUUUGUUGUGUUUGGAGGCGGGGAUGACUUCAGCUGGGAGCAGUGGUAGAGUGCCUUUGCGGACAGUGGACAGACAUGAGGACAGAAGGAUGGAUGGAUGGAUAGAUUGGUGGGUAGGGGGAUAGUUGGAUGGAUUAUCUAAAGACUAUGGAGCACAUGUGUCCUGAAGUCAAUGGGGAUGGUGAUCAGUCCGCAAAAUUUACUGGGCAUGUUAUCAGGCUGACGUUUAUAUUAGAGGAGAAUACAGACAACUCUGUGUACCCUUAUUAAUGUGCCUUAUGUCUCAGACCAGGAAAAGAAAUAUGUCCAUGCCUUGCUUAUGUUGUUUCACCAUCACUAUCCACCUUAACACGUGUAUUUUUCCUUUGCUUGACUUUGUUUCAACUGCUUUUCAACCACCCUGUUCAUUGCAGCUAUCUGCUAUUUUAUUAUGCUUCAGUUAAUCAAUAUCAUAAGGGAUCCUUAAGCUAAAGAGUUACUUUAAUAUAAAACACAAGGCUCACUGCAUUUUCUGCCAUCGCUCUUUAAGAGGAAGUGGCUGUACCGAAUUAUUACUAGCACUGUUUGCUAAGUGUAGACACAGGGCAGGUUAUCCUCAUACUAUCUGUUGACUAGUCGUAGGACUCAUAAUCAGGUUAAAAACAAAGUUUGUGUUUUUGUUUUCAAGACUUUAAAGCCUUUUUGUUUUGGUGCAAUUGUUUACAUUCACACCAAAGAUUAUUUUUAGACUGCAAAAAUGGAGCAUGUUCAGUACUGAACUUUUAGGUUUUCAUCCAUACCAUGCAGCAACGUGAUGCUCAAAUAGCAUUUGACCAUACACGGUUUAGUGUGCAUCAUACAUUCAUUUAAGCCUCAAUGUUCAGCAGUUGUAUGUGAACCCACAUUUGCAUAAUACUGACAAAAGAUUAUGAUCAGAAUAAUAUUUUUACACGUUGAAAGGUAACUGCUGUACAUGUAUGCUUAUUGGGCUAAGUGUACGUGAAUGGAGAAGCCUUAACCUGCAAACUCAGUCAUUUCAUAACAUAAGUGCCUGCGUGAACUGAUUAUAGCUAAAGUCGGUGUUUGAGAUUUGAGUUAAAAAACAACAUUUGCAAUUUUACAAUUGCAUUUCCUCAUCAGGGGCCAUUAAAACAUGUCACUAGAAAUCAAAAUCUCAUCCUUGUUUUUUUUUUGCAUAUUGUUUUGGCAGUAACUGCUUAUUAAUGAGGUUCUCGUUCUCGUUCUCAUUCUUUUUUUUUUAUGAUUCCCUUCCACUUCAGAGACUAUCAAAGAUAUGUAUGUUUGUUUUUUUUAAGUUAUGUUGAAUGUCCUGUGUUAUUUCAUUUUUCGUCAAUGUCUCAUAUGCAAGUGCUUCACAUGCAAAACUAUGACAUACUUUGUGUCUCGCAACUGACAUUUAGAAUUGGAAGAUUCGUUCUUCAUACCCAUACUUUUGAAACACUAACAACUGACAUAGCGCUCUCACAGGUUCUUUUAUAAGCUCCGGACUGCCUUUUGUUACCUAACGAUGAUUAAAAGUCUCUGUGUAGUGAAACAAA